AUGAUUAACUUGAAGUGUCGUGCCAACGACGACUGUUCAUCGCGGGAACAGUGCCGUCAGAACAGCGUGGGGCAGGCCGAGUGCAAGGCCGUGUGUGACAGCCUGGUGCUGUGCGGCCGCAACGCUGAGUGCAUCGCCCAGGACCACGAGGCCAUGUGCCAGUGUCCUGAGGGCUUCUUCGGCGAUCCCGUGGACGAACGCGUUGGCUGCCAGCGAAUUGAGUGUCGCAGCGACAACGACUGCGACUCUAACGAGCUCUGUGAUAACUACAAGUGCAAGGUUGCUUGCUCUGUUGAGAACAAGUGUGGCCGGAACGCGAGGUGCGAGUCGGAGAACCACAAGGCCGUCUGCUUCUGUCGGGAUGGCUUCAGCGGCGAUCCUCUGAAAGGCUGCUCGAACAUUGACUUCUGUGCAGAUAGUCCCUGCGGUGCAGGUGCAAGAUGCACCAACACCAGGGGAACUUUCAGGUGCACUUGUCCACCAGGAACUGUUGGCAAUGCCAACGAAGACGGCUGUGUCCCUCCUGUUGAAUGUCUCUCAGACAACGACUGUCCAGCUUCCGCAUACUGCGGCGAGGAAGACAACAAGCCUAAGUGCAAGAAUGCUUGCGAGGAUUACGGUAAUAAGUGUGGUCCAAACUCGGAGUGUGUGUCGGCUAACCACAAGGCGCUGUGCCAGUGCCGUGAUGGCUAUGAAGGAACGCCAAACGACGCCCUCGUGGGCUGCCGCCCAAAAGUCGUGUCGUGCGCCAACAACAAGGACUGCCCGCCAGCCACCAUCUGCGAUGGAGGACUCUGCCGGCCUCCAUGCCAAAGUGAUGACGAGUGUGGGCUGCUGGAAGCCUGUAUCAGAGGCCAAUGUUCGAACUUAUGUGACAAACCCAAGGCUUGUGGACUCAAUGCCAUGUGUGACAUGGUUAAUCACAAGAAACAUUGCACCUGUCCACCAACGUUUACUGGUACAGCUGAUACUGAGUGCUACCGUCUGCCUACUUUCUGUAAAACCUCGGAGAACUGCCAAGACGACCAGAUGUGCAAGUCAGGCGGAUGUGUGCCGAAGUGUACCGGCCACGAGGAAUGUGCCCAGAAUGAAAUGUGCAUACAGGGAUCGUGUACUCUGACGUGUCGUGUCGAUAAUGACUGCUUCCUCGGCCACAUUUGUUUGUCCAACACCUGCCUCAUCGGAUGCCGGACGAACGAUGAUUGCACUUCAUCGGAAUCUUGUCAAAACAAUCAGUGCCGUAACCCUUGUGAAAAAUCCUCCCUUUGCGGUCCUCACGCGGAAUGUACAGUGGUGAAUUAUAGGGCGCAAUGUUCCUGCCCAGCUGGCUUCAUCCCCAAUCCAUCUGCCAACAUUGCUUGUGUUCGAGAGCCGAUUGGCUGUUCCCUCAACUCUGAUUGCGGUCCAGGGUUCACUUGUUCUUCAGGGACCUGCUUGGCCAUAUGUUCGUCCGCUGCUAAUUGCCUGGACAGCGAACAAUGCGACGGAAACACGUGUCGUCCUGUUUGUAGAAGAGACGAUGAUUGUCGCUCUGGUGAAAUAUGCGAUAAUUUGAUGUGCGUUGUGGGCUGCCGUGCAGACACCGAAUGUCGUAACGAUCAAGCGUGCAUUGAAAACACCUGCAAAAACCCGUGCGCCUCACCGACAUCGUGUGGAAAUAACGCCAAGUGUUCAGUACAAGAGCAUAGAGUCGUAUGUGAGUGCAAUGAUGGACUAGAAGGUGAUCCCUACGUAAACUGCAGACUUAAAGUCACUUCAUGUGAUUCCAAUGAUGACUGCCCAGACUCGGCAAGUUGCGUUUCUGGUACCUGCCGUUCAAAGUGCUCAGGCGAUAAUUCAUGCCUAGACAACGAGCGCUGCAUGGACGGUGUUUGCAAAGAAAUUUGCAGUUCCGAUUUCCAAUGCGGAGCUGGAACGAUAUGCCAGAGGAGAUUGUGCGUGGCAGGAUGCCGAAGAGACUCGUCUUGCCCUGACAAAAUGUCCUGCAUCGACCGAGAGUGUCGCGAUCCUUGUCCUUCAGCAUGCGGAGAGUGUGCGCUGUGUGAAGUGUUCAACAACAAAGCUCAGUGUUCCUGUCCAGCGGAUACAAUCGGUAACCCGCUGGUCUCGUGCAAUAAACCGGCGCGUAUCUGCUCAUCAUCGGAUGAUUGUUCCUCAGGGGAAGACUGUACUGAAGGCUACUGCGUUUCCAGUUGUUCUUCUGAUUCUGACUGUACGUGCGGCCAGGUAUGCCACGACAAGCAGUGUAAGAGUCAGUGCAGAAAGUCCACGGACUGUGCCCAAGGUUUCCUUUGUAUGUCCGGAAAGUGCACCGCCGCUUGCAGGUCCAGCAAUGACUGUCCAGUCGGCCAGUCUUGCGUCAACACCAAGUGCCGGGAUCCUUGUGAACUGAAAACUUGUGGAACCAAUGCUAUCUGCAGAGCCUCGAAUAAUCGUGCUGUGUGCCUAUGCCCACCAGACUUCCGAGGCAUUCCGACCGUUGAAUGCAGAAAAUCUGAAUGCUCUCAGGAUGAAGAUUGCCGCCACAAUCAGAUGUGCAGCGAAGGUAAAUGCAUCAAUCCCUGUGAAGCAGGUUUUUGCGGUAUCAACGCUCAAUGCACCGUAGUCAACAGACGAGCCCAAUGUCAGUGCCCGGCUAAUUAUUACGGCAAUCCUGAGACUGAGUGCACAGAAGACGUCAACGAGUGCGCCCGGAACCCUUGCGCUAACAACGCUGAGUGCAAGAACACCAUCGGCAGCUAUGUUUGCGAGUGCAGCCCGAGUUGUCAGGGCGAUGCCUACCACGCAGGCUGCAUCUGCCCUAGUGACCAAGUGAGUCCUUGCGCCCUCCGGACCUGUGGAAUCAGCGCCAAAUGCCGGACUGUGCUCAACAACGCGGCUGAGUGCUUCUGCCCUUCAAACAUGCCUCUCGGAGAUCCA